AUGGAGUUUCCCAUUGUCGAGGGGAUCAAAAUGGUCCCAGGGACCGUCCACAUCGUUGACUUGGAGGGCACGAUGGAUGUUAAACAUCAAAAGGGUGGUCAGAAAGACAUCAUUUUGGUACCGCAGCCAACAAACGAUCCAAAUGACCCACUCAACUGGAGUACGCUGCGAAAAGAAUAUCAUUUUUGGCUGCUGUGGAUUUGGGGGUUCAUCGCUGCAGUAUCCGUCAACUGGGUAGGACCUGUUUGGGUGAGUAUUUACUACUUUCUUGGAAAGCAAUCUUUGCACGGAGUAGACACCAAGUCAACUAAUAUUGGCCACGUCCUCAAGACUCAAUUUACAAUCGAUUUAAACACAUCCUUCGGUCGGCUGAAUGUGUCGUCGGCAUUGUGCUUCUUGUUUCUAGGUAUUGGCUGCGUGUGUUUGCAACCAAUUGCCAUGAAAAUCGGCAGACGGCCGGUAUACAUCGUUGGUACCGUGCUUAACUUCGCCGGUUGCAUCUUGGGUGCUUUCCAAAAUAGAGUGGAAAUGUACUUUGGCGUCAGUAUCCUGACUGGAUUUGGUGCUGCGCCUGUGGACUCUCUUGUUCAAGUUACCACUGCCGACAUUUUCUUUGCUCAUGAGAAAGGCACCCGGCUAAGUUUAUACGUCUUUACAAUCUAUGCUGGCUCAUAUUUGGGCCCCGUGGCAGCUGGAUAUAUUGCGGAUUCUCAAGGCUGGCGAUGGUGCUUCUGGUAUCUCGUCAUUUUCUUCGGUAUCCUGCUAGUGAUCCAAGCGUUCACGAUGGAAGAAUCUGUAUUCCGGAGGCCCCUGCCCCCUUCGGAACUUUCUACAGAUGCUAUGCUAGAAGACAAGCUUCAAGCUGUGGAAAAAGGCGGAGACUCUCUCAUCCACCAUACGGAAUCGGUGGCAUCUUCACCACCGCCUGCAAAAACCUAUUGGCAACGAAUGGGUUUAUACAAUACCAGCUACAAUGAUCCCAGGCCUUUAUGGCUUGUGGCGAUUAGCCCAUUCUUUCUUGUCACCUACCCUGCCGUGAUGUGGGGAGGCCUUGUGUACGGAGUCCAAAUCAUGUGGCUCUCCCUUAUCACUGUGACCCAGUCCGCUACCUUUAGUGCACCACCUUACAACUUCAGCAUGGCCAACGUCGGUAACACAAACUUUGCAGCUUUCAUUGGCGGUAUUCUAGGUAUGGUUUGGGGAGGCUACGUUUCCGACUGGUGUAUCCUUCGCCUUUCUCGUCGCAACAAAGGGAUCCUAGAACCAGAAUUCCGUCUUUGGACCAUGCUUAUCCCUGCUAUCAUCAAUACCGGUGGCCUCUUUAUGUACGGCCUAGGAUCGCUUUAUGGAGUUCACUGGAUUCUUCCAGCCGGAUUUGGGAUGGCUUUAAUUGGCUUUGGCAUUGGAAGUGGUGCAGCCAUUGCGAUUACGUAUGCGGUGGACUGUUAUCCUCGCGUUGCAUCAGAAGCCCUCGUCCUGAUGCUCUUUAUCCGAAAUCUCAUUGGUACUGGUUUUACCUUUGCUAUCGAGCCCUGGCUGGAACACAAUGGUUUGCGAGAUACAACUAUCAUUAUGUCGAUGGUGUGCUUGGCUACAAACAUGUCCUUUCUCCUCAUGGUGUGGAAAGGUAAAAGCAUGCGGGAAUGGACCGCUAAAAGGUAUUUCCGUAUGGCGCAGGCAAAGAAUAAAUUGGCUGUUGGAUCCUGAGAUGGAUAUUCCCAGCGAAUACCUAUUUAGGGUGUUAUUCGGUCAUGUUUGGAUUGCAUAGCGUAUGUAUUGUAUAACUAUACCCUACGGAGUACAUUCAGACAAUAAAGUUUUCAUCUACGCCAUAUUAUAC